AAAAGAACUAUAAAAAUAAUUUAAUAAUAACUAAUAAAACCAGUUCAAUACAAAUUUGAAAGUUCAAUAUGCCAAAAAUAAUAUUUAUUACUUAAUUAUAACUAGGAAACCAAAGUGUUAUAUUUGCUUGUCGUCAAUUGAUUAAUAACGUAUUAGCAAAUAAUAUAACAGAAAUCCAUGCAGAUUCAACAUUUAAAGUCGUUCCUGUUAACAUGGGAAAUCAAUUAUUGAGUAUUCAUUGUAUGAUUGAAAACUAUUCUAUCCCAAUAGUAUAUGCAUUGAUGGAAUCCAAAUCUAGGACCUCUUACCAAAGCGUGAUCAAUUUUAUGAAAACAAAUUUGUUUCCUGAACUUAAGCCUCUAAUCAUAGUUACUGAUUAUGAAAGUGCACUACGCGACACAUUGCUGACCCUAGGUACAGAAGAGACUAGAGCAGUUGGUUGUUGGUUCCACCAUAAUCAAGCUGUUUGGAAAAAAAUGAAGGCACUUAGUUACUUAAAUUUGGUAAACACAAAUGCUUUUGCAUUGAAAGCUCUCAAAAUGCUUAUGUGCUUACCUCUUCUUCCAGCCACAAAAAUAGAAGAAGGUUUUAUACUUAUCAAGUCUUUUGCCAUACACCAUAGUGUUCCUAUGGUCAAUCUUUUUAAUUAUUAUCAAAGGUAUUGGAUUAACCGUGUUGGACCAAAUGUAGUAUCUGUGAAUGGGGUUCCACGUAGGACCAACAAUAAUGUGGAAAGUUUCCACAAUGUCCUCAGAUAUAAAUUUUCAGUAACUCAUCCGAGCUUGUGGGUUUUUCUCAGUAAGACAAUUUACUUUAUUUUUUACUUAUUUGUUUAGUGUUAUAUUACUAAUUUGUAUUAGUGGACAAAAAUCAAUUAUUUAAUUUUUCUUUAAUUUAAAGAAUAUUUUACUGUGGUAUUUGUAUUACAUUCGAAAAGCAUUAUUGUUAUAUUUUUUUGUUUUAAUAUUAAGUUUUAAACAAAUAAGUCAAUCUAUACUCUGUUCAGAAUGAUAUCAGUACCAGACGGCAACCAGUUUUUGUUCUUGCGACGGUCAAAUGCCAUUCCCACUACAGCGGUGCGUAUAGUUGUGUCGUGUGCCCUCCUUCCACCCCCGGUACUGAUCUUAUUUUGAACAGAGUAUAUCAUAUACUUAAGUCGUAUAAUAUAGGUACUAACUAUAAGAUAUGUAAACUAUACAUUUGUUAAUUUAUAAAAAUCAAUAAUUACAA